ACACACGCCACUUGAAGGUCGGCCUGGGCGAUGCAGAGCUCAAAGGCACUCUGAUGGAUCUGCCUUGUAUUGUCGAGUGCCAAAAGACGCUGGAUGGCAUCAACUUCUACAAAUCGGCAGACAUCUGUCAGAUAGUGAUUUGCGAAGACAAGGAUAAGAUGGAUAUCGACGACCAACGCAAACGGCACUCGAACAACAAAAGCUCCAACAAGAAGAAGCAAUACGUCUGGCCUCACGGUAUCACACCACCACUCAAGAAUGUGAGGAAGCGGAGAUGGAGAAAGACGGCGCCUAACAAGUUCAACCAGGAGCAGGAUGUGGUGAAUGAGGUGCGCAAUCUGCGCAUGGCGGAUCACAAGGCCGUGUCAUACUCGUACGAAGUCAUAGACGUCAAUGAUCUGGACGAGGAAACAAAGGUGUGUGGGUGA